AUGCUUGGUCUUAUCAGCGACGAUGAAGGGUUUGGACAAAGGCCAAAAUCGGCGAGACAGGUGUAUGCUGCCAGUCUCGACAUGUGGUGGUUGCAGGAGGAAAUUAUAACGACUCCCGAGCUAAGCCAGUGCUAUGAUUGCGCGGCGUCGGGCCUGUGGUUGAAGAUGUGUUUCACGACGAGUCCGAGCGUAGUGCAGAUCAGACGGGAGCAGGACGACGUCUCGCUGAACCCCGGAAACCUUGGGGCUCUGACGGCUCAGAUAGAGUGCGCCGUCCCGUGA